GGCAAUGUUUUUCCUCAUCGAGAGCAAGCAGAUCUCAUCGUGAGACCGCUUCAUCGGUCGGCGGCGUGCGCCGUUUGUUGUCUGUGCGGUGCGGUGUCCGCUGCGCGGCGCUGCGGUUGCGUGCUUCUUCCUCCGGACUUGGUUGGUUGCGGCCGCCAUAUCCUCUCUCUCUUUGUUGUCCGGCGCACGUGCGGUAGGCAGCCAUGGGGAAGGAGAAGUCACAUAUCAACAUCGUGGUCAUCGGCCAUGUCGACUCCGGCAAGUCGACGACCACGGGCCAUCUCAUCUACAAGCUGGGUGGCAUUGACAAGCGUGUGAUCGAGAGGUUCGAGAAGGAGGCGGCUGAGAUGAACAAGCGGUCCUUCAAGUACGCUUGGGUGUUGGACAAGCUGAAGGCGGAGCGCGAGCGUGGAAUCACCAUCGACAUCGCUUUGUGGAAGUUCGAGACGACGAAGUACUACGUGACUGUCAUCGAUGCGCCCGGCCAUCGCGACUUCAUCAAGAACAUGAUCACGGGCACUUCGCAGGCGGACUGCGCUGUGCUGGUGAUUGACUCGACGACGGGAGGUUUCGAGGCGGGUAUCUCGAAGGAUGGGCAGACCCGUGAGCAUGCCCUGCUGGCGUUCACGCUGGGCGUGAAGCAGAUGAUCUGCGCGUGCAACAAGAUGGAUGCCACGACGCCCAAGUACUCGGAGAACAGGUACAACGAAAUCAAGAAGGAGGUGUCGACCUACCUGAAGAGGGUCGGGUACAACCCUGACAAAAUCCCGUUCGUGCCSAUCUCCGGGUUCGAGGGCGACAACAUGAUCGAGAGGUCUUCGAACAUGGCGUGGUACAAGGGCCCGAUCCUCCUGGAGGCUCUCGAUCUGAUYUCGGAGCCGAAGAGGCCGUCCGACAAGCCUCUGCGUCUGCCUCUCCAGGACGUGUACAAGAUUGGCGGUAUUGGAACGGUGCCCGUGGGAAGGGUGGAGACGGGCGUCAUCAAGCCUGGCAUGGUGGUGACGUUUGCGCCCUCUGGKCUGACCACUGAAGUGAAGUCGGUGGAGAUGCACCACGAGGCAAUGACCGAGGCGCUCCCUGGGGACAACGUGGGGUUCAACGUGAAGAACGUGAGCGUGAAGGAGUUGAAGAGAGGCUUCGUGGCCUCGGACUCGAAGAACGACCCCGCGAAGGAGGCGGCGAGCUUCACGUCCCAGGUGAUCAUCAUGAACCACCCUGGGCAGAUCGGUAACGGGUAUGCGCCGGUGCUGGAUUGCCACACGUGCCACAUCGCGGUGAAGUUUGCAGAGCUGGUGGUGAAGAUCGAUCGGCGAACGGGCAAGGAGCUCGAGAAGGAGCCCAAGUUCCUGAAGAACGGAGACGCUGGGUUCGUGAAGAUGGUUCCAACGAAGCCGAUGUGUGUUGAGACCUUCGCCCAGUAUCCCCCUCUGGGUCGUUUCGCCGUGCGUGACAUGAGGCAAACGGUGGCCGUCGGUGUGAUCAAGGCCGUGGAGAAGAAGGAGAAGGAAGGCAAGGUGACGAAGGCCGCCAUGAAGAAGGGAGGGAAGUGAGCUCGGAGCUUGUCCUUUCAUGCAUGUGGAAUCCCUGCGGGAUUCCGACCUGUUUCUACUGUUGGGAAGAUCCCGUCAUCUGAGUGCCGUAAUUACGUAUGAUUUUCUGAACCACGCAGAGGCAGCUUUAGCAGCUGGUGGUGGUUUCGUCGGCUGUUUGACAGCUGGAGAGAGCAGACGCGGGAAUACUCGGUAGGACGUAGUUCUGUUUUUUUUGACGGGGAGUGGGGUUAGGUGACGACGAUGUUUCCGAGAAGAAAAAACGUUUGUUGGGCUGAGGGGGUGGUCGUUUCGGCGUCUUUCGGGUGCGGUAGGUCAAGGGAAGACAUUUGUUGGGUGAUUCUUUCUUCAUCGUUCUCAUCUUGGAGCUCUGUGCGGGUAUUCGUUCGGUCAAUAUGAUGGUCGGACGCUAUAGCUCGAUCGCGACAGACCUGGGUACUCGAUAUGCGCGUGGGUAGUGAAUUUGGGAGAUUUCUCAGCUAUUUCUUCCUCGUGUUUUAGUUAAUUCUUUUGCGGAUUGCCGAGUAGCCUGUUGAGCUGAUUCCUUAAUAAGUUAACGUUUUGUUUGGAUUGUUAGGGUAUCGAACGAAAAUGAGUUUGUUCUCUUUCUCUUUGAAGAGUUUCUAUGGCGGAGGGAAACAAUUUGUUGGUUGGGAAUCGAUGAUGAUUGAUUGGCCCUUCCUCACGGCAGUCUGAUUUGGGUAAUGGAUUCGCGGUGUAGACUGGCGUGAUGAAACUAUCGGCACAGCGCUCAACAUUCCUUCUCUCGUUUGUUUUUGUAUUUAAGGCAGGCCGCUCCCCUGUUGACAUUCCCCGAUCUUUAUCCCUGUGUGUGAAGGUCUUCCGACUUCGACAUUCCCCUUGCCCCUGCCAUUAUUACAACACAUUGAAUGUCAUAUCUGACUUCGACAGUCCCCUUGCCCCUGCCCUUAUUACAACACAUUUAAUGUCAUACAACCCCUCGACGCUUCCCUUUUCUUCCCCCCUCACAUCGUCGUGAUCCCGGGUGUCAGUUUCCCCUCUUGCGCAUACGGCCCUCAUAGCCGGUUUCUAUACUCCCCGCCGGUUUGUAGGUAUCGCAUCUUGCAAUGCCCAAUUGUGCUGUCCUCUGGCUGAAGUCCACCUCUUUUGCAUGAUGAAGUAUUUGUGGUUGCUGUGACACACUCGCCAGUCUCUCUGUCGACGGUGUAUAGCAUUUUGCACCCUUCAUGAAUAAUGUCAGACUAGUCCUCCCGUCUCCGUUCCCCAUUUCCUUUGUACGCAUUUGAUCGCCUUGUGACCCAGCGUGCCUGAAGUAUAUUGUACUCUCUGUGUUUCCCUGCCUGUCGUCCUCCGCCUGUAACCCAUUUUCCCUCAACUCCUUGGAAAGAAUCUUCGAGCCAUCGAUGACAUUCGUCUGACUUCUGUGAACCUACUGCUCUUGACGGUUUCCCUCCCUCCUUGCUGUGGGAGGUGACGAGGUGUUUGGGUCGGGAUUUGUCUGUGUGCCAGACUGAAUUUGCCACAGUAGGUAGCCUAACAUGUUUGGCGGCAAGUCACUAGUAGUAGGCCAUGGUUUGGCGGGAAGUCUGCCGUAGUAAGCGGUUGGACUAUCCCCGGUCAUUAUAGCCGUACUUCAGACAAUUUCAGUCUUGACACGGCGAUGAUGACCGGGCGUUGUAUGCGGGUGAAGGCGGUAGUAGCAUUUCCGCACUCGGAAAUCCUGUUCGGUGGAGGAGCAAGUUGCUCAUGGGUGGUGUUGACGGUCAACAGGUCUGUGCAACUGUGAAGUAGCGUUCUCUGCAUCCGUCUAUUACGCGUUUGCGUGGUGCGGCCGCCUUGCCUGGGCCGUGCUGAGCUGUCCCAACCGAAAUGGGCCCUGCAGUUUGAUCUUCCCUGGGUGACCUGGUUGCAAGAAGAUGCCGAGUGGCUAUUUUUAGAUGUGAGGAAAUGCGGCGGUAGGGUCGCAUGCCGCCGCGUUUUGGAUGCGAAAAGAUAAGACGUUUGUUGCGUCGCAGUGGAGGUAAACCACUCUGGUAGAAGGCUUAGGCUUAGGGUACAUAUUUACCGCGGCAGGAUAUUAAGCUUUUGGGCUGUGACGGAUAUAAUACGUACCGCAUAUCGCGGUUUGUAUCUCUUUCGAUUGCAAGCUCUCUUCGUAUAUCUACCACCUGCCUUCUGAUCUUCUGAUCGCGUGUGAUAGAGUAAAACCUUUUUCACCGUGGUUCGUAUGAGAUUCGUGCAUUUUGUUAAUGUUCCGCUGUCAAGAUCGGACUAUUCACGAUGUCGGUCUUCGCUAUAACGAAGUUCUUUCCAACAAAGAGUGUGACCACGCAAGACCUUCGAGUGUUUUCCUUGCAGAGUUUCGACGACGGGAGUGUUUUCCUUGCAGAGCUUCGACGAGGAGUUAUUCGCUUGUCCUACGAAGACUCGGCGAAGAGGUAUGUCGAAAUUUUGGACCGUUGUAGAUGUGGUGGGCGAGGAUCUGCCUUCAGCUAAUAUACGAAGAGGAAUUUUCGAAUCUCCCAAGAUCUGCGAUCUAUCGAGCAGCCUAUUACUAGACUCUUAUCUGCUUGAAAAUGUCUUAUGGCCUUGCAAGAGAAAAUCAGAAUGGGACACGCUGAGUGGAAGUAUUACGGGAUCAAGACUAAGAGUAACCACGGUUUUGACGUUAUCUCUACUGCCGAUCUUUCAGCUGCUUCCUUCAUGCUUUGCUCGCCGAUGUUUCAGCUACUUCCUCCAAGCUUUGUUAUCCAGUUCUUCGAAGAUCAAAGUUAAGAUCCUACUCUUUAGAUCGAUCAAGUUAAGAUCCUUCCAUCGUAUCCAAAUCUAGCAUCCCAUUCAGGGUACAUAGGGAUCAGCCUCUUGACAGCAGUCGGAAUUUAAGUCAAGUAGGCUAACUUAGGCAGGGGUGAGGGGUGGUAUAUCCUUCUCAAGGGAAGCAAUCAAUGUCGUCCACUCGG